UUGAUGAUGAUGAUGAUGUUAAUCUAAUAAUUGCUGUUAGUUAUUAGAAAGGAAUUUUUUCGUUCUUUACUUUAAUUUGAAAUUUCACUACGACUUUGAAAUAUUGAAUACGAAGAAUUUUGUUGCUGUUGUUGUUGUUGCUGUUUCCUAACUUGCUUGUUCAGCAUCAACAUCUCAUCUCAAACAAACGAUCUCGUUUCUUUCUUCCUCGAUUCUGAUUAUUUAUCUGAUUAAUAUUGAAAAUGGAUAAUAAUAAAAACUAUGUAAUCAUCUGUAAUAAAAUCGAUUCAUUAUUAUUCAAAGAAAUGAAACAAAUGGAAGUGACAAACAUGUCUUGCACUGUUGAUGAAUUGGCCAUUCAGAUUGCCGAAUUAUGGAAUCUGGAAAAACAAACAUUUGAUGUUGUAUGUUUUGGUAAAUUAUUGGAUUCUUCAAAAACUUUGGAUUUUUAUGGCAUUGAAAAUGGAACGAUGCUUUAUUUGUUAAAGAAAAAAACUACGGCUUUAAAUCAUCUAGUGGAUAGUAAAGAUUCACAGAAAUCAAACAUUGUUGAAACAAACAAUAUAUCAUCAGCACAUUCAUCAUUUGCAUUCACCACUGAACAACAAGGUCAAUGUAUUGCAUUGAAAAGUGCUCUAUUAAAUUCAGCUUUUAGACAAGUUAUUGAAAAUCUAUCAGAUUUUGAUAAUCGUGAAAAUUUAAUGACCGUCAAUCAUGAACUUCGAAAUGAUCCAUCAUUGUUUGGCGUUUUAAGUGAUUCUGAACUAUUACAUGCAUAUAUAAAUAAGAAUAAUGUAAAAAAUGUAUUGAAACGAUAUCCAUAUUUUUUAGAAGUUGCUACACAUGUAUCAGCAACGUUCCAUGAGGAAAUUAAUUCAUCUGCAAUGCAUCAAAGUCUUGGUUAUCGUGGAUCAUUAUUGAACUAUUCAAUCGAUGCUAUAUCUGAAGAUGAAGAAAUGGAUGAAAGUGAAACAUCUUCGAUUUCUUCGACAAAUACAAAUGGUUCAAUGCGUCGAUUAAGUGAUCCAUCAUCAUCAUCGUUUGCAUCGAUGUUGAUGCAAGCCUAUAAUCAUCAUAAUCAGAAUCGUCAAUUAUUGCAACAACAACACUCGUCUAGUGGUGGCGGCAAUAAUUCGACAAUAAUCACACAAGACAUGUUAAGGCAAGCCCUACAAUCGACAUCUUCAUCGUCAAAUAUACCAAACAUGAUUGGUGAAAUGUCAUCAUCAUCAUCAUCAUCAUCACACCAUCAACAUCAUCACCAUCAUCAAGAUCAUCACCAUCAUCAGCAAUCUCAAUGUGACACAUUUCCAAAUAUUGCAACAAAUCAAGAUCGUUCAAAUAAUGAAUUAUCGGAAAUGAUGAUCACUAGCCGUGAUAGUACUCGUUGUAAUACACCACAACCAAUGCCGGUUCCCGCUGCUGCUGCUGUAAAUCCGAACAAUGAUAAUCGAACACCAGCACAGAUUCUAAUUGGUUGGGCACCACAAUUACGUCAAAUGCGUGAAUUAGGUAUAACCGAUGAUAUUGUUGCCAUUCAAGCAUUGGAAGCAACUAAUGGUGAUGUACAGGCAGCGAUCAAUAUUAUUUUUAGUGAUAUGUCUUGAAACAAAAAGAAAUUAUUAUCUUAUUAUCAAUUUAAAAAAAAAUA